CUAAACCUGUUAUCAGAAGGCUCCCAAAGCAACAGUGACUCUGUUGUAGUGCCUUUAGGGUGUGGUGUUCUCCACAAAGCUGUGGUAGAAUGGCCACUGUCCCAGGGCCUGGAGAGCAGCCCAGCAUAAAGAAGACAGUCUGGGAGGGUGGCAGCAUUCUGCUCUGCCCAGUGACCAGUCAGCCUCAGAGCCAGGAUUUGAACGCAGGAUCUCCAGUUGAAGAAGAUAGUCAGUAUGAAGGAAAAGGAGCACAGUGUAAAAGAGGAAAAGGAAGGCCACGACAUAAAUUCACUAAGAAUGAAUUGCACAUACUUAACCAAUCAUUUGAACACAAUCCUUAUCCUGAUUUUACAACCAGAACAGAAUUGGCCAACCAAGUCUAUUGUAAUGUUUCUGUAAUUGAUAAUUGGUUCCAAAAUAGAAGAGCCAGACUACCAUAUAUAGAGAGAUACAGAAUGUUUGCUGCCAGGAAACUGCAUGUGUUCCCCAUCGAGACUCGCCCACUUUUAAGCCUCCAGGGUAGUCACGUGGAAUCUCCCAACUAUACCAUUGAGCAGGGCCACCUGGGUAGAGCCAACAGUACUUCUCUGGAUACUCAUGGGGUUCCCAGUGAACAGGAUGGCUCAGAACCAAGCCCUUCUCUGGAAUAUCAACGUGUUGCGGAAAAUGCAUCUAACAGCUUCAGAUCGGUGGCAUCUGUUCAUCCUGUUUCAUCAUCCGUGGACAGCUCUGAGAUGGACAGAAUGCCAGGCGUGCCCUAAUGCACUGUGUUCACACUGUGCAGGAAAAGAGACAGCAGGAGGAGCACAAGGCCUCAUACUCAUUAUCUGAAGGACAGCAACAGAAUGGUUGGGGAUGUCACCACCUUCAGCAGCCUGAAUAGCCUCAGAAUUAUCAAGAGAAGUUAUAGUUCCAGGAUUAGUUCCUGAUGAACCAGAGUUAUAGGAAUUUAGGGCAGCUGGUACCUCAGGAAAUGGUGCUAACCCUCAAAGAGCGACAGUCACACAGACACCCAAGACAAAGGACUCUCUAGAACCUUGCAUAUACCACGACUGACUUCAUGAAAGCUCCAUGAGCUGUUAGUCUCUUCCAAG